GAUCUUUGCUUCUCCGGAACCCGGGGUGUUUGUUGGAGGGCUUGCGAGUGGAAAGGAUGAUGCCUCGUAGGAUGGAGCGACAUGGAGGAAUCGCGUCUGUUAAGUCUGCCAAAACCUAAAUAGGCUGUGACUUUAAACGCUGUGUUCUGGCCUAUAGAGACGUUGCUUUCUCUUAAUCGCUAAUACGACCGUGGACGCUUCAUUUAUCUCCGUUUGGUGUGUAGAGUAGGAGAGUCAGCUAGCUCGCAACAGUUCUUACCUAAGAUCAGCCGAAUGUUGGCGGACUGAGUGGCGACGGACUCGAGCAGUGUUGGGGUCGGCAAGUAGACUUCAUCGAUCUCGAAUUGGGGGAUGUUAUCCGUACUUUCCUAUGGCAGAAUUGUUGCCAGGGCUGUCCUGGGCGGACUCUCCCAAACUGAUGGUCGGGAUUACAGCCUCAUCACAGCUAGCUGUGGUUUCGGAAAGGACUUUCGUAAGGGGAUCUUGAAGAAAGGGAUGUGCUACGGCGAUGAUGCUUGCUUCAUUGCUCGACACAAAUCUGUUGAUGUUUUGGGAGUGGCAGAUGGCGUCGGAGGCUGGAGGGACUACGGUGUGGACCCGUCGCAGUUCUCCGCCACGCUGAUGCGGACGUGCGAGCGGCUGGUGAAGGAGGGACGCUUCACGCCCAGCAACCCGGUCGCCAUCCUCAACUCGGCCUACUACGAGCUGUUGCAGAAUAAAGUGCCCCUGCUGGGCAGCAGCACGGCCUGCAUCGUGGUGCUGGACCGGCGGAGCCACCGGCUGCACACCUGUAACCUGGGCGACUCGGGCUUCCUGGUGGUGCGCGGCGGCGAGGUGGUGCACCGCUCGGACGAGCAGCAGCACUACUUCAACACGCCCUUCCAGCUGUCCAUCGCACCGCCCGGGGCCGAGGGAGUGGUGCUCAGCGACAGUCCCGAUGCUGCAGACAGCUCCUCCUUCGACGUCCAGCUGGGAGACAUCAUCCUGACCGCCACCGACGGGCUCUUUGACAACAUGCCUGACUACAUGAUUCUGCAAGAACUCAAGAAGCUCAAGAACACCAACUACGACAGCAUCCAGCAGACGGCUCGUAGCAUCGCCGAGCAGGCCCACGAGCUGGCUUAUGACCCCAAUUACAUGUCGCCCUUCGCCCAGUUUGCCUGUGACAAUGGCUUGAAUGUACGAGGAGGAAAGCCAGAUGACAUCACGGUGCUCCUCUCCAUAGUGGCGGAGUACACAGACUGAGCGCGUGCGGGAGUGUGUGUGACGUGCGUUUCCGUGUGUGGGAGUUCUAUAUGUGGUGCUGCUCCACCUCAAGGCCCGAGUCUUCCGAACUACUCCACGUCCCUGCCCUCCACUCGCGUCAGCCUUCACUUCCCGCCCAAGCCACCCCCUCCCCCUCCUCGCCCCCCACCCAGCCACACCUCUCUCUCUUGCACUGCUCUCUGUGUAGUCGUUCUGGUCGUCAUGUCCAUAACACGCACACGCAUGCACGACACAAACAACUAGCCUCUAUGGUCAACGUCUUCCUACUCUGCGUCAGACAAUGCAGACACGGGGCCAUUAGACAAAGACGAUGCGCCGAGAUGAUCAUCAUCUAUGUCACCGUGGAGAAAUAUCUAAACGAAAAACAGUAACAGAAGGUAUAGUUGUCCUUUGUGUGGUUCUAGGGACAUGAGAGGCGUGGUGUGUCAUAAAUUAUGCGGUUCUGGGGAUGGAAUGGGGUUACAUUCAGACAGAAAGGGGCUUCAGUGUCACCAUCGGAGAUGGUUGUAAGUGUGGGAAGGGGUGGGGGGGUGAGGGGUGAGGGAGAGGGCUGGUGCAGAAAUAUGUGGCUAAAUGCCUUUUGUUUGUUGGGGAAGGAAAAUGAAGGAUGUCUGCUCUUGUUGUGCUGGAACGUUGAUGCUAUAGAUUGUUUAGAUGCCUGGGUCCAUUUGUUGGUAUGUGUGUUGGGUAAUUGUCCAGGCCAUUAAGCUGCCUGUGACUCAGACAUUUGAGUGCUGCCCAUAUCUACUCUGGAUGAUGAUGGUGGCACUGGUGCCUAGUGUUCUAGUUGAGAUGGAGUUUGGUCGCGCACAGGAUGUUUGCAGAUGUCGGGUGCAUUUGUGGGUUUAACAUAGUGGAAAAACAAAAAGCUUGAGUCUGCUGUCUUGAUUUGAGCCUUUUCUGGUUAAAGGGCCGUGGCCAUAAUAAAUGUACUGUCUGCAUUUAGUGAGUGAAUGUUCCACUUCAGGGUUUGCGUGGUUGGAUAGUUUCAGUGCCACUGAAGUUCGUGUAGGGAAGAAGGGAGUGUUACAGUUAGAAUGGGAGAUGUCGGCCCUAACAGACACUGACACAGGGACGCUUGUGGUUGGGUUAGUGUCUGGGGCUACACAAUGCAACUUAGUUUUUUGAAGCUGCCAGUCAGAUGUCAUGUUCAUACUGCCUGCUCCUCUUCUUGAUCAGGUCAACAACGCACAAGGGCGAAGCAGGUCACCGGGAGGAAGCUCUCUCGGUGAGGGGGG